AUGGACCUAGCCAGAAUCGCAGAUCUAACUCUAAGCAGUGAUUCAAGCCUUCUAACCGGCAGAUACGGUCUUGGGAUUGAUAAUCUACUCUCAGCCCGCGUCGUAUUUACCAAUAGGAUCGUUUUAAACUCUUCCGAAGAUGGGGAUUCAGAUCUAUUCUGGGGUAUCAGAGGUGGAGGACCAAACUUUGGCAUCGUUGUUGAAUUUACCUAUCGAGUGCACAAGGAAGUUGAUGUAUACCAUGUACGGACCGGAGAAGACGAAAGCACUUCUCAAAUAAGCCGAUACUAUGCAAGAGGUAACAGAGUAAACAGACGGGAAAUUACGCCUUCUUUUGGCGAUAAUGAAAAUCCCAAAGAAAGAAGCACGCAAAUUUACUGCCCCAUUGUGGGAUUUGCAGUCUGUAAUAUCGGCGGUAUCGAUGAAGCCAUACCAUUUGCCAACAUAAGCAAGCCAUCAGGACUCGUAGACGAACCGCCAAACCAUCAGAAGUUCUCAAACACGAGCGUGUUCAUGCCUCAUCCAUUCGAUGUCGAAAUUAUGGAGAAACUGAUACAAGAGUUCGACGAUUUUCACGAUAAGCACGGAGAUGCACUUGCACCUUCACGAGUUAUAAUCGAGAUGCGUUCUUAUAAGGUUGGUGGUGCAAUCCCCUCAUCGGCAAUUUCAUUGGCGGCGAGAGAAAAGACGGCACAGUAUGAUAGUUCUCAAAUUUCGCACACGGUUACGAGAGAGGAAAUUAAUAGGAUGAUUGGGCCAGUCAAGGAAGCAGUUAAAAAGCAAGGGUCUAGAAAGUUCACUAAUGCUAAUUUGGGAAGUGGAACAGAAAGGACUCAAGAUAUGUUUGGACAGAACUAUGCGAGGUUGAGAGAGAUUAAGAGGAAGUAUGAUCCCGAGUUUAUUUUCAAAAAGUGGUAUCCGAUUCCACCAGCAGAACACAACUAUACCUUGAAGUUGUAA